UCAGUGAGAUAAUGGCGUCCGAUCAACUAAGUCGUAGAGAGAACACCACGAGCGAGAGAGAGGUUCACUUGGAGGAAAACCAAGUCCCUAAGAUGGCAACUCACUUCGAGUCCCUUGCGGAGAAAUCGAAACAGUCGGAUGCCGGCGUUGCGAGGCAAGUCCCUCACAGGGAGUGCCAUGAACUCGGAGGGAAAGUCGGUGACAUUAAUGUUUCCACCACGAUAGUGGCGGAAACGGAAGGAGAUGACGUCGGAACCGGAAGAGGAAAACACGGUGAAGAGAGGGCGAGAGAGCCUAAUUACGCCAUAGGGAAAUUCGAAGUGAGCGGUGGGCCUGGAAAACAGAUCAGAGGUGCUUCAAUGGAGUCUCAGGGCUUCAAACACGAGAAGAUCGGUGGAAAUAGACAAGAGAGAGGUGCUUCAAUGGAGUCUAUGGGCAAACGCGAGAGCGAUAAAGAGACAAGGCAUAGCAUGGAAACUGCCGGCGAACUGAGGAACAUCGAUAAAGAAGAGGGUGGCGAGAAACGAGAGCAGCUAUCUCUAGAAGAGAUAUCUAAGCUAAGAGGAACAGCUCAACAGAAUUCAAUGGAGACUUUACGCGCUGCCGAAGAACGGUAUAACAAGGCCAAGGAAUCGGCCGCCCAAGCGCUUAACACCGCAGCCGUGUACACCAAAGAUAAGGGUCAACAAGCAAGGGAAACCGCUCGUCAAAGCGCUCAGUAUGCGGCGGAGAAGGGUGGACAAGCGACGGACACUGUUCGUCGAGCUGCUCAGAAGGCGGCGGAGAUGGGUGGACAAACGAAGGACACGAUCGUCGAAGGUGCAAAAAAGACUUCACAAUACAUUGCGGAGAAAGGAACCGAGACCAAAGACACCGCGGCCGAAACCCUAUCGAGUUCAGGCAGGACUACAGCGGAUUAUUCGGUGCCGAAAAUGGAACAGGCGGGGAAAGUGGCUGUGGAUGUGAAGGACAGAGCUGUAGUAGCCGGGUGGACUACGGCACAUUAUACCACCGAGAAAGCGGUGGAAGGAACAAAGGUGGCGGCGAGGAUGGUGGAGGGUGCGGCGGAGUAUGCCGGCCAAAAAUCGAAGGAACUUGCCGCCACAUCAUUAAGGGCGGCCAAGGAUGCUGCUUCAGCUGCUGGUGAGACUAUUAUAGAGUAUACCGCCAGGAAAAAGGAGGAGGCGGCCAGAGAUUUUGAAGCUAAGAGAUCCACUGAAGAAACAACGGAUGAAUACAUUUCUUACCAAGAAGAAGAAGAAAGCAGAGAAAGACCGAGUGAGAUCAGACGACAAGUCCAGGAUUUUCCGAGAAAAACCAAAGAGAAAAUCGAGGAGACUGCAAAGCCAAUCGGAGAUGCCUUGAAGCAAACCUUUCAGGGAUCGUCGGAGACUAACAAAUCCGGUGGAUUCACCCAGGAAACCGAGAGGCGUCGCCAUGAUCAAAGAGAGAAAGGACCGAUGCAAACGGAGGGCGUAGAGAGAGCAAAGCACAGUGCGACGGAGAGAAACUUCGAGGGAUCAGCAAGAAGAGGAGAUGAAACGGAAUCGGGAGUUUUGGGAGCCAUAGCUGAAACUAUAGUGGAGAUCGCCCAGAAUACGACCGACCUUGUUAAUAUUGGACCCGACGUCGACUUCGACGAAGAUGACAACCAACCCAAAACUCAAAGAGGGAGCGGCGGCACGAUAAGCACCGAGCACGGGGCAGACGCCACCACAUUCCGGCGUGGGAAUCGAAACGAAUAUAAUACAUGA